AAACCCUCAUGAGAGCCAUUUUUUUGUACUUUCUCUUCUCCGCCACACCGAAUCCAAAAAAACCCUAAAAGUGAUUGCAUAACACAAUCUUCUCAAAUUUCAAAAAGAAUUUGAUAUAUUGUUGUAAUCAUUCGCAUAUAUUUUUAUAAAAAACAGUGGUGAAUUUGGUUUGGUUGGAGAUGGUAUCAAGUUCUAAGCCGGAAAGUGGGACUCAUGUUAUAUCUGCCGGCGUACGGGAAAUACUAGAAUCUAUCAAGGAAGUUGUUGGAAAUCAUUCCGAUGCUGAUAUUUAUGUGACUCUUAAAGAAACCAACAUGGACCCUAAUGAAACUGCUCAGAAAUUGAUCAAUCAAGAUCCAUUUCAUGAGGUGAAGCGAAAAAGGGACAGAAAGAAAGAGAACCAUGGGUAUAAAAGUUCUACUGCUCCAGAAAAUGGAAAUUAUUUAGAGCAUGGUGCACAGGAAAUGAGGAUCAACACACACAUCAAUCGUAACAUCCGAAGAGGGAGCUACAAUCGAACUGCUUUACCUGGACUUACUCGAGAAUUCCGUGUUGUGCGAGAUAACAGAGUUAACCAAAAUGUCAAUAGAGUGGUAAAGGCUGUCCAGACUUCUACAUCUGCUGAACAAGCGAUUUCAAAUACUUCUGCACAAAGCAGUUCAAAAGGGACCUCUGGCAAUACUCUAUCCACUGGGAGUCGUUCAUCUCAAGCUCCAAAUAGGAAUUCUCAACAUACACACUCUAAUGAUGCUAAUUUAAGUAGCACUAAUGGUCAAGGUUUGUCAGGAGAAAUGCAUGCAUCUGUUUCAAAUGCUGCUUCACAGAUAGGAGGGGUGAAGCCAAAUGGUUCUCGGCCACAUUCUAUUACAUCAUCUAGCAAUUCUGUCAUUGGAGUUUAUUCAUCCUUUUCAGAUCCAGUUCAUGUACCAUCUCUUGACUCCAGACCGGCUGCAAAAGUUGGUACUAUUAAGCGUGAGGUAGGGGUGGUGGGUGCUCGUCGCCAGUCCGCUGAAACUUUUGCCAAGUCCUCAUCUUCACAAAGCAGGUCAUCUUCAAACUCUCACAUGGAGCAGGCCCGACAGGAUAUUGGUAAUUCUAAAGGAUCACUCCGACCUAUGAGCUCAAAUUCUAGAAGUGACCAGAGUGGAGUAUCUGAUUCCCCUAAAUCCAACUUGCCAAUGAGCAAGUCUCUCUCGGGAAAUCAACAUAUUAACAGACUGCACCAAUCUGUGGGACAUCAGAAAGGUGUUCAGUGGAAGCCCAAGUUAACCAAGAAAUCGAGCGUAACAGAUCCCGGGGUUAUUGGAAAACCUUCUGAAGGUGUCUCUUUAACUAGUAAGUCAGAAGACUUGGAAAAAGAAGGAUCUCAGUUGCAAGAUAAGAUGUUAAGGCUAAACAUCUCAGAGAAUGUGAUCAUAGCUGAACAUAUUCGUGUUUCUGAGACUGACAGGUGUCGCCUGACCUUUGGCAGCUUUGGAGCUGAAUUUAAAUCUGCGAAAGAUUUGGAAGAAGAAUCACAGACCGAGUCAUCAAGACUGUCGGUUUUGGUUUCUGAAUCUUCCACUGAUGAUCCUGUUGGGAGCAAGCAAUUAGAUUUGGCUGAUGAUCGCGUUCAGAAUGAGUCUACUUCUCCUGUAUCUGAUGUAAUUUCAGAUCAGAAGCUGUCAGAUAAUAGAGAGUCUUCAAGUCCUGAGGAUUUGGGUAAUUAUGCAGAUGUUGGGUUGGUUCAAGAUAACAGUGCAUCAUAUACUCCCCCAGAGUCUCAACAGCAACAAAAUGCUUCUAAUUUAUCAAGUUUCUCGGCCUAUGAUCCCCAAACUGGGUAUGAUAUACCAUAUUUUAGACCUGCAGUAGAUGAAGCUCUUCGCGACCAGGGUCUCCAAGAGGCCCUAAGUUCACACGCUGCAAAUAGCAUGCCUGCAUCGUCAAUUCCAUUAGUGCAGCAAGUACAACAGCAUCAACCAAUUGCACAGAUGUAUCCCCAAGUUCAUGUUUCCCAUUAUGCUAAUCUUAUGCCAUACCGCCAUGUUUUCUCUCCUGUCUAUGUUCCUCCAAUGGCGAUGCCUGGCUAUUCUAGUAAUGCUUCUUACCCUCAUCCGCCAAACGGUAGCAACUACUUGCUGAUGCCUGGUGGUGGCUCCCAUCUUAGCGCAAAUGGACUCAAGUAUGGAAUCCAGCAGUUCAAGCCUGUUCCCACAGGCAGUGCUUCAGGGUUUGGAAAUUUUACUAGUCCAACUGGCUAUGCUAUAAACACUCCUGGUGUAAUUGGCAGUGCAACAGGUCUUGAAGAUUCAUCUCGGAUGAAGUACAAGGAUGGUAAUCUCUAUGUUCCUAAUCCACAGGCAGAGACAUCUGAAAUGUGGAUGAAUCAAAGGGAUAUUUCUACAAUGCAGUCAGGAUCAUACUACGACAUGUCUGGGCAAACUCCUCAUGCCACCUAUCUCCCGUCUCACAGUGGACAUGCUUCUUUUAAUGCUGCUGCACAAUCAUCCCAUAUGCAGUUUCCGGGGUUGUAUCAUCCACCUCAGCCCGCUGCAAUGGCUAACCCUCAUCAUAUGGGCAGUGCCAUGGCUGGAAAUGUCGGGGUUGGUAUGGCUGCAGCUGCUCCCGGAGCUCAAGUGGGUGCGUAUCAACAACCUCAAUUGGGUCAUCUGAAUUGGACAGGGAACUUCUGAAGAAUGAAUAAAUGUCUGUUAAUUUUGGCCCUAUUUUAUGUGGUAUUACUUUAGCUUAUAGAAUUUUCAUUUUCUUGUGGAAUGAGAAGCACAUAGUAUUUCCAAAUCAAUGCUUCAAUGUUAAUAUUU